UUUAACAUUAUUUGCUAAAAUGAGCUAAGAGGGCAUAUGUGGAAAAUUUGAUUGGUUUCACAAGUGUGUAGUAUCUGUUUUAAAUAAUAGAUAACUGCUUAUUGAAUUGUGAGGAGAAAUAUGUGUAGCAACAACAUUUUGAGUAAUGAGUAAAAAUACGUUUGUGUACAUUUUGGUUGAACAUGAAGCCAGACACGUUGCUAUUGAUUUUCACUGUUGCCACCGCUGUCAUCAAAACAUGUGCUUUGGACGUCUCGGUAAAAGGAGAUGAGUGUGCAAUAUUCGACAGGUGUACCAUCAGAAAUAUUUUCAGCACAUGCAGCUGCGACGCCGAUUGUCACAUGUAUGGUUUAUGCUGUAUAAACGCCGACACGUUUCCUUUCAUGUCAACAACUAAGAAAGAAUAUGUCUGCAAAUUUGAACAAAUUACCACGCCUGUGUUUUCCAAAAUAUCGUGUUCCGAGGAUUUCAAAGGUCAUGUUGCGAUAAUUGAUGCUUGUUCAGACCAGCAAGGUCGUGAUCCAGCUGAUAUGAAAGGGAGUUUGCUGGUAACUAGUUCUAGGACGAAGAUUACGUACAUCAAUAAGGACUGUGCAAUAUGCAGCAAUGAAAAGGAAGAAGAUUUGCAUUUUUGGACUGUAGAAGUAUCCUGUCCAGCUAGGGUAGGAGAGUUUCCCUUUAGUGAAAAGUACAUCAGAAAGCAUUUGAUCUUCAAUGAAAACCUUGGAAAAUGGGGAAUGAAAACGGAUAGUUCAUUUGUGGUAUGCUCUGUCUUGGUAUUCGAACCAGACAAAGUUUUAGGCGACCUGAAAUAUUGUGCCCCAAAUUUGAUUUCUCAAUGCCCAAGAAAUUACACAGAUAACGCUGUUUCGAAGAUGUGUGGGUACUACUAUGGAGAAAGGAAAGAAAAGAAUUCGAACGUGUAUUACAAGAACGCUCAUUGUGCUUUGUGUAAUGGAGUUAGUUUGAAAGAUUUAGAUUGUGUUGGACGUACUUAUGCACCUGUUGAAUCAGACGAAACCCUCGAAACUGUUAAAGUUGUGUUUACUGAUGGAGUUGGACUGGAAAGGAAAGAUAAGUUUAAAUGCAGUGAAAAUUUCUCCUAUGACGUUUUUCAAGACCGAUGUCGGAGAUCUCCAACAAAGCGACCGGAGGUCAAAGUUGAAAAUUCUGCUGCAUUGCUUUUUGUCCACCAGACGUUGCUUAUUGCGUUGACCCUUAUUCAUUUUUUAAGCUUGACUAAAUAAAAUU